AGCCGUGCGGCUCAGGCAGCCAUGGCGGCGGCCCCGCUGGCGGCUCCGGGAGGAGGCGGGGCGGCGACGGCGGCGGCGGGGGGGGCUGGGAGCCGGGGAGGCCGCGGGCCGGCGCUGCGGGAAGGCGCGCGGGUUUCGGCGCUGUGCCUGGCCUGGUACGGGCUGAGCGCCGGCGGGAACGUGGUCAACAAGCUGCUGCUCGGCGGCUUCCCCCGGCCCGUCACCGUCUCGCUCUUUCACAUCCUGGGGCUGUGCGGACUCCUCCCGCCGCUGCUGCGCGCCUGGCGGGUGCCGCCGGCCGGCCCGGCCCAGCUGCCGCCCCGCGCCUACCCCCGCUAUAUCCUACCGCUCGCUUUCGGCAAAUACUUCGCCUCCGUCUCCGCGCACGUCUCCCUCUGGAGGGUCCCGGUCUCGUACGCGCACACGGUAAAAGCGACGAUGCCAAUAUGGGUGGUUCUUCUUUCGCGGAUCAUUAUGAAGGAAAAGCAGACGACGAAGGUAUACUUAUCUCUUAUUCCCAUCAUAACUGGUGUCCUGUUGGCCACGGUCACUGAGCUUUCCUUUGACAUGUGGGGACUCAUCAGUGCACUUGCUGCUACUCUGUGUUUUUCACUCCAGAAUAUCUUCUCGAAGAAGGUGUUACGGGAUUCCCGAAUACAUCAUCUUCGGUUGCUGAACAUACUGGGCUGCCAUGCUGUGUUCUUCAUGAUCCCAACGUGGGUUUUGGUUGACCUUUCUUCCUUCCUAGUAGAGAAUGAUUUGAGCACGAUGUCUCAUUGGCCCUGGACCUUGAUGCUGCUUAUAAUCAGUGGGUUCUGUAAUUUUGCCCAGAACGUUAUUGCCUUCAGUAUUCUUAACCUGAUCAGCCCCUUAAGUUACUCUGUCGCAAAUGCCACCAAAAGAAUAAUGGUGAUCACUGUGUCCCUUAUAAUGCUUCGCAAUCCAGUUACCAGCACCAACGUCCUUGGGAUGAUGACAGCUAUCUUAGGGGUCUUCCUAUAUAACAAGACAAAAUAUGAUGCAAACCAAGAAGCAAAGAAGCAGCUCCUUCCAGUCACAACUGGAGACCUUGUGAACUUGGACCGGCACCGGAACACUCCUGAGAAGUCUCAGAAUGGACUGACGGCAUUUGCACCACAUGGAGACUAUCAGUAUGGCCGAAGCAACGUCCUAACAGACCACUUCCAGUACAGCCGACAGAACUACCCACCCACCUACAACCUAAACCGUUUUGAUAUAUAGAAUCCUGACACACAGGUAUAGACUGUGAUAUUAAAGUGUCCCCAGCAUUAUCAGAAACUUUUAGUACAUCCAUGAAUGUAAAGCCAUUUUAUUGUAAAGUUUUGCAGAAGGGAGGAUGCAUGUGUAGUGAAAAUGGUACAGACCUUCAGCUUCUGCUAAGCAGAUCUUUCAAUGUGAAGCAGCUAGAUUGGACACUGGAACUGAAUGCACAGCGUAGCUCUCGUACAGGGAUUCUGGUGGAGUGCAGGUACAGUAUUUCAGAGCAAAGUAUCUGCUGUCGCUGCUCCUUUUUGGAGUCUGUCAAUUGUUUAUUCUUUUGGCAGCUAAACACUGGCCAGUACUUUGUUUCCACACUGAUAGUGUCACUUUUAAUUUGUUCUCUACUAUGUUUUACGAAUACUUAGAUGAAAUUGUCAGGAAAAAAAGGAUGUAAUUAGGCACACACCUGGUGAUCAGAAUUUAUCCGCUUGGGAGGAUUGUGUCAGUUGUGGGUAAGGAGUCUGGAGUUCAUCUUGAGCAAUUAUGAAGCUUCAUGUGGGCGUUAAUUACUUCUGUGCCAAAGCCUUCAGUUUUUAAUGACAAACCAGAAGUAUUUCUGAAAGAACAGACAGUAGAGAUCCCUUCAAGAAAUGCAUUUCGAGCAUAGAGAAACAGUUUUCUCUAAAAUCAUUGUUGUCCCAAACACUGUAGAUAACAGAGAAAUGGAGACUGAGAUCAUCAUUGUUUUCUGAAUAUUGCAGCCCUGUAAACUCAGACAUUUCUCUUCCCUGGCAGUGCAGGAAGCACCUGACAAAUAAAGCAUUUCUAAUAAUACCUUAUUUUUAACUUGCUUUAUACCUCUUAUAAAUCUGUCUUUGGUUCAGGAAUUGAGAGGUCUAAGGUGUUUUCUUGUAAAUUUUAUGCAUAAACUUUGCCCCCUUAUAUGAUUCACAUUAUAUUAAUGCAUGAAUGUGGUUAAUAAUUCUUAAUUGUUUUUCACGUCUAUCUUUUUAGCUCCUAAUUGUGUUUUUAAGUUUCCUAAUUACUGCUGCUUGAGCUGCUAUGUGCAUUUUGUCUGACUUCUCCUUUCAGCUGGAAGAAGUGACACUUUGUAUCCUCUGUUCCUGCAACUCCCCUAGCUCAAAUAGUAAAUUAAGAAAGUAUUUAAAUCAGCAGUAAAUAUAUAAUUUAUUGCUAAUAAGAACUGAUUCAGAUGGUGUAAAUGAAGACAUCAAGUUCAAGACAAGCUGAUUUCUGUGCAUCAGACACUGCAUUUGUGCAUGGAAGGAAUGAAACCAGUGGAGUUCUGGUUUCACUGAAUCAGAUUGUUAUUAGUAUUAUUACUGUUACUUGAGGGGAAAACAAAACCAAAAGGUUUUAGGGGCCUUCUUUCCUUAACAGAAAAGCUGUUGUACGGUGAGAUUUUGAUAGCAUAAGUAUUGUGUUUUUACUAGAGAUUAUUAGAUAGCAGUGAGAAAACUUAAGGUGUGGUGCUGUACACAACACUCCUUCCAUUUAUUUAUUGCUUUAAAAAAUGACCAUUUCCGUGAUGUGAAAUGAUGAUUUGGCUCCUUUUUGGAUAAUAAAGAAUUUAUUUUUAAGGGCAAAGUCAACCUGAUCUUAUUCUUUUGGCUGACUCUGGAGUUAGUUACGUAGAUUGCCUUCCGAGAUACAGUCCAAAAGAGGAAAUGGUUCUCCUGAAACUUCAGAGGUGGUUUAAAUAUGCUGCUGAUGUCUGCAGGCAGAACUUCUGGACUCGCCUAGAGUUGGUUCUGUUCCUUCUAGCUUAGAACUUGGGCUUUUAUUUUCUAAAAUGUGAAUAAAUUAUUUCCUAGCCCUGAUUAACAGAUGAGGUUAUGAGGAAAGGCGUGAUUUCAUAGGAAAUUGCUUUGCCUAUUCCAGUAUUAAUUUAUGUAUUAUUAUUUCUUUUUAUACGAUGAAGUGCAAAAUGUGUAUUUUUAAGGCUCACUUCCCAAUAUUUAAGUGCUGUUGCAAAAAUAUAAAGAGAAUUGCAUGGACUCUGGAUUUGUGUUAGAUUCUGGCUCUGCACAAGUUCAUUUGGUGGUGAACCAUUUAGGCUGAGAUUUGUAAGAGGGACUGAAUUGUUCAACUGCUUUCAGAGGGAGCCAGCUGGAAGCUGUUCGCCUCCUGCAAAUGCUUAGUUGUGUUCUUUGUGCCUCAGUUUCCCUACUUUGGAGGCAUUGAGAUACCAGCAGUGGGUCACAGUGGGGCCCAGGGAUGUACAGAUGUGCUGCCAGUUCAUCUGUAGAUAUCCUGGUAUGUCUGCUACUAUAACAGGGUCAUACAGCUUGAAACUUCAAGUUGGAAUUAAGUUCCAUGUACUGUAUUCAUAGAUCAGAGAUUUCAUUACAUACAUUUUGAAGGCUUGCUUUCUGAAGAAUAUAAGCAGAUCUGUUUUGCAGCUCUCUUGAUAGAAAGCUUUCAUGCAUGCUCACUGUGGCAGGUCUUUAGCUCAGCUUUUUCUGUCAAGAGCAUGGCAGCACCUGGGUGCUUCCUGCUGAAAAUAAUGAAAAUUCCAAGUUCCAGUCUGUGCGUGUGCCCUCACCACGUGGCUGAAACAGAACUACUGUACUUGCAGAGUAGAAAGAAACCCAAAAUGAGGUGUCACACUGGACCCGGCAUGUGAAUCUCUGGGCUUUUUCCCUGCAGCCUGCCCCACAGUGUUCGUACUCUUCUAGUUCAGUUCUGUGGUCAACAGGGAUAAUUGUGCAUGGUACAAUAGGUAAUUAAAAUGAGUGAGUGGCUCAUUUGCAAGAGGUGGUUUUUCAGAGUACCCGAAUCCAAGUCCUUGAGCAAUAUUGCCCAUGUUCUGAUAAAGGAAGUUUCUGAUACUGUUGUAUAUGUAUUUUAACCUUGGACUGCUGCAAGAUUUUGUUUGGCAAGGUGAAACAUUUGUUUUAACAUGGUUUGUAAAUUAAUGACGUAUUUAACUGUGUACAUAGGUCUGUAGAAAGUAUGGAAACUGGAAUAAAAAGGGCAUAUCGAGA